CAUUUGGUCAGUGGUGGCGCUAAAGAGCAGUGAGUCCUACACAAAGAGGCGAAGAAGAACUUCCGGAGGUCAAAGGUGACCGUUACAUUUGAAAACAUGGAUCCCGACAGAGUUGAUAAAGCAUCUGGCAAGAUGAGUGGUGAGGGAGACAUUACGUCUGUCAUGGGAUUUUCUGGUUUUGGUAAAAAGGCUCGCACUUUUGACCUAGAUGCUAUCUUUGAGCAGACACGACGGACAGCAAUUGAGAGGAGUCAGCGUGUAUUAGAGGACCGACAGAAGGAUAUUCAGAUGGAGGAACAAGGGGAAAGCUCCAAGUCAUCAGUGGCCAUUAAGAAAGCUAUAGCUGGCCCUUCCAGAAAACAAGAGAGUGAAAGUAGCAGUGACAGCAACUCAAACUCAGACUCAGAGCUUAUUGGUCCUCCGGUGCCAACUCAACCAAACGAUGAUGAUGAUGAUGAGCUUGUAGGACCACCUCUUCCAGCGGGAUACACAGGCAGCACAGCUGUUAGUGGUGAUGAAGAUGAAGGAGAUGCACAGGAUGAUGACGACGAUGACGACGAUGAUGAUAAUCCAGUGAAGAGAAUUCCAGACACUCACGAGAUCACUCUGCAGCAUGGCACCAAGACGGUGUCAGCUCUCGGCUUAGAUCCUUCUGGAGCUCGUCUUGUGACUGGUGGAUAUGAUUAUGAUGUGCGAUUUUGGGAUUUCGCUGGAAUGGACCAGUCUCUCCAUGCCUUCAGAUCUCUGCAGCCCUGUGAAUGCCACCAGAUCAGGUCUCUGCAGUACAGCAUUACUGGUGAUGUCAUCCUGGUGGUUUCUGGUAAUGCACAGGCCAAAGUGUUGGAUCGUGAUGGCUUCAAUGUCAUGGAGUGUGUGAAGGGAGACCAGUACAUUGUGGAUAUGGCCAACACCAAGGGCCACACCGCUAUGCUGAAUAGUGGCUGCUGGCAUCCCAAGACUAAAGAAGAAUUCAUGACCUGCUCCAAUGAUGGCACUGUGCGCACGUGGGACGUGAAAUCUGAGAAGAAGCACAAGUCCGUGUUUAAACCCCGCUCUUACCAGGGGAAGAAGGUCAUCCCGACGUGCUGCACCUACAGCCGCGAUGGAAAGCUCAUCGCAGCGGGCUGCCAGGACGGCACCAUCCAGAUCUGGGACAGGAACCUUAGCGUUCAUACAAAGUUCCACUGUCGACAAGCUCACACGCCUGGGUCGGACCCCUCCUGCCUCUCGUUUUCAUACGAUGGCGUGACUCUGGCUUCACGUGGUGGUGAUGAUACGCUAAAAACAUGGGACAUACGCAACUUCAGGAAGCCUGUGAACACUGCCACUGGACUGACUAACUACUUUGCCAUGACCGACUGCUGCUUCAGCCCAGACGACAGGCUCCUCGUAACGGGGACGUCGGUGAAGAAAGACGAGGGAAACGGGAAGCUGGUUUUCUUCGACCGAAGCUCCUUUCAGCGAGUGCACGAAAUAGAAGUCACCAACGCGAGUGCCGUCCGCUGCCUGUGGCACCCAAAACUGAACCAGAUAAUGGUGGGGACUGGGAACGGACUGGCCAAAGUCUACUAUGAUCCUUUCAAGAGCCACAGGGGGGCGAUGCUGUGCGUUGUGAAGAACAAGAGGAAGGAGAAACACGCAGAGACGCUGACACAGGAUUACAUCAUUACACCCCACGCCUUGCCCAUGUUCAGAGAGGCCCGACAGAGAAGCACGCGAAAGCAGCUGGAGAAGGACCGACUUGACCCCAAGAAGUCCCACAAGCCGGAGCCCCCUGUUUCUGGACCAGGUCGCGGAGGCAGAGUAGCAGCUCACGGUGGCACCCUGUCUUCAUUCAUUGUGAAGAACAUCGCUUUAGAUAAAACGGAUGACAGCAACCCGCGAGAGGCCAUCCUACGUCACGCAAAGGAGGCAUCGGAGAACCCGUACUGGAUCGCCCCAGCAUACAAACAGACUCAACCAGAGCCUUUGUUUGCGGAGGACUCAGAGGAGGAUGAGGAGGCUGAGAAAGAACCAGAGUGGAAGAAACGCAAGAUCUGAGGCGUCUCAGUUCCUCCAGUAUGUGACGGGCCGGCUCUGUGAUUGGACGUGCAGCCGUUUACCCAGAAACUCGCCAUGAGUUAAAGUCGAGAGGGUGAAGCACAUUUUUACCGAUUGAUGUUUCUCUCUGGUUGCAGCGUAUCAAUCACUUGAAGAACUCGGUAUUUUAUUUUCUGUUUGUGUUUGAUUUUAUGGACUUUAUUCUCAUCCUUUCUAUUGUCCACUCCUUCGUCGUCUCCAGAGUUUGCUAAUACACCAUAAAUUGUCUCCAGAUUUUGCGGUCUGGUUCUGCUCAUCAGCUAUGAACAACGGUUUGCUAGUAUGUAAAAAUGAACAGCAACAAGUAGAAGCAUUCGGGCCCCACUACGAACUUAUUUUAAAGACUUUCUGUUUUUGGAGCAGAUGUGUUGUAAUAAUAUAGAUCUCUUUCUACA